UAACCAUUGGAGCCGGACGACAAUCAGUCAGAGAGCCAUUUGCUGUGAGGGAGGCUGGAUGUGCAGACAACAAGCUGGUGCUGACAGGUGAAAUCCGUUGACCUGGCUGCUCCCGAGAUGUACCAACUGGUCUUAGCGGCACUCGUGGUGCUGCUCUGCUCUUCACCCUUGGUAAAUGGAGGGAAAGUCCUGGUGUUCCCCUGUGAUGGAAGCCACUGGAUCAACAUGAAGGUCCUUGUUGAGGAGCUUCACUCCAGAGGCCAUGAAAUCACAGUCAUGCGUUCAGCAGACAGCUGGUACAUCAAGCCAGACUCCCCGUUCUACAAGUCCAUAACAAUAAAUUCUCCUGCUGGUUUUGAUGAAGAACAAUUUGGAUCAUUUGUAAAAACAAUGGUCAACUUGCGGCGGGAUGGUGCUUCACUUUGGACUCGUAUAUCUCUGGAGUAUGAACUGGUGGAACAGUUCUAUGAGAUGCAUAAGAAGUUGAUUCAAAUGAUGGGGGAGAUGUUUGAGAAUACCAAAAUGAUGCAGAGCCUCCGCGAUGCCAAAUAUGAUUUGGUUUUGACAGACCCUGCGCUGGGUCCAGGGGUGCUUCUCGCUCAUCGUCUGGGUCUUCCACUAGUCUUUAAUGUGAGGUGGACUAUUCAAGGUGAUGGGCAUCAUGCAAUUGCACCUUCCCCGCUCUCCUAUGUCCCAAUACCAGGGUCAGAGCUGAGUGACAAGAUGACCUUUCCCGAAAGAGUCAAGAACGUCCUUUACUAUUUCUUCACUUGUUUUCAAAUUUGGUACGUCACAGACCAGAACUACAAACCAUUUGUUCAUCGUUACUUUGGUAAAGAUGUACACUACAUGGAGCUGUUUCAGGCGGCAGACAUCUGGCUGAUGAGGAAUGAUUUUACCUUUGAGUUCCCACGACCCACAAUGCCAAACAUCGUCUACAUGUCAGGCUUUCAAUGCAAACCCUCCAAGCCCCUGUCGAAAGAAUUAGAGGACUUUGUCCAGAGCUCUGGUGAGCACGGCGUCAUCGUUAUGACAUUGGGAACCCUGGUGGCAAAACUUCCUGAUGACAUCGCUGAGGAAAUUGCCGCAGCUUUCGCCCAGCUUCCUCAGAAGGUGCUCUGGAGACACAAAGGCAAAAAACCAUCCACCCUCGGCAACAACACCUUGAUCUUGGACUGGCUGCCCCAAACUGACCUCCUGGGUCACCCCAAGACCAGAGUGUUUGUGGCCCACGGAGGCACCAAUGGAAUACAGGAGGCCAUCUACCAUGGUGUCCCUCUGGUCGGCCUACCCCUCAUGUUUGACCAGCCUGACAACUUCUCCAGGAUGAAAGUAAGAGGUGUGGCCAAAGUCCUGGACAUUGCAACUGUGAACAGAGACAACUUCCUGGAGGCGCUGAAGGAGGUACUCUAUGACCCAACCUACAGGGAGAAGAUGAAGGCGCUGUCCAACCUGCAGAGAGACCAGCCCACGAAACCACUGGACCGGGCCAUGUUCUGGAUCGAGUAUGUCAUGAGGCACAAAGGAGCAGCACAUCUGAGGACAGAGUCUUACAAGAUGUCCUGGAUCCAGUACCACUCAAUUGAUGUGGUGGCGUUUCUGCUGGCAGUUGUUUUGCUAGUAUUUGCUGUUUUCAUGUCUGCGGUUAAGUUUUUGUGGCGAAGAGUGUUUUCUGGAAGCAAAGUCAAAAAAGAAUGAAAAACGUGCUUAAAGUUGGUUGUGUCAGAUGUCCUGGAUCCAGAAAAAAAAAAAACAUUAGUAAACUAUUCUGCAUUUUUAUAUAGCUACCGUCUACAGUAACUACAGUCUAUGAGUCAGAUCCACGCCUUGCUCCUCCACAGCUUCACCCCCUCGUCCAAAUAUGGUCACAUCUGGCCCCAAAAAUCCAAGAUGGCAACAGUCAAAAUGCCACACUCAAGGCUUCAAAACGUGAGUCAACAAGCCAGUGGGUGACGUCUAUGCAUACAACCAAUGUGUUUAUGCAAGGUUCAACAAUAGGGAAUGCCCAAGGGCCAGACCCAGGCCAGUGGGCCAGUAAAUAUAAUCAGACAGUUGCUCAUUCGGGCCAGUGCUCACAAAAGAAAACAAAGCGGAAGAAAACAUUUCAUUGCUUUGCGAGCGACAUUACAACAUGUGCUUUUCUCUCCUUUGCCUUGCUAUGCCAGUGUCUGUCUCCAACUUUAGUGGAGACAGAUUUACUGAAAUACAAAAAUAGUUUACAAGAGCACAAAGUUCCUCAUAGAUCUGUAGCCUCUUAAUUUCCCCCCAGAGUUCACCAGAUUUAUGCAUUUCACUUUAAAAUGUACAAAAUUUUCUUCUGGGUGAGCAUGCCACCAGAGCCCUCUGAAGGGUCCAAGGUCCAUCCACUGCAGUCUCACAAAAUCCUGUGCAAAACACUACCUCAUAUCACAUAACAACCUCAGCUAAAGACCUCAUGUUUCUGUUCUGUUCUGUUCUGUUGUUUGGUAAGCAGCAUGUCUCAAAAAUCUGUAAAUAAUUAAAUACUAUCGGGUGGAAAGUUUGAUCUUAUGUCAAGCCAACAGCUUUUAGUCUGCAUCCAGGGAUGGUUUUGAGGAAUUACUCGGGGAGGGUUCUUUAACAUUUUUGUAUUCUCAUAAACCACUGUACUGGCUUUAAUAAAAGUAAAUGAGCUUGAUUUAUGAAAACUGACACAUAUUUUGUGAUUUUUUUGUCACUAGCGGUGGGUGAUGAUUUAAUACCAUUUAUAAUUUUUAGUAAUAAUAUGAUGUUGUCAUCUUUUUGUUCCACUAAUUCAUGUUGUACAAAUAAUGAUUUUGAGCAAGCUGUAUGUGCAAAAGAAAAAGUUUAAUAAAGCAUUUUAAGAGUUUGGA